CUUCAGUACAGGGCUGUAUGCGGGGGGCGGAGCUUCAUCUCGGCGCUGUACACAGGGAGGGGCGGGGCUUGAGCUCAGCGCUGGAAACAUCACUAAUCCUGAAUUUCAGGUGGCUGCAGCGAGUCGACUUUGGCUCACUACCGCCGCACACAAACACUCACUGUAGAGGGAGCUGCAAUCCUACUGGGACGCUGCGAUUCAGUGUUAUACUGAAAUCCUGAGUUCUGUGGAGAAAAAAUGAAAAGGCUGAGAAGUCACUACUUCAGCACAAAAAGUGAUUUUCUUUCUUGUCAGUCAUCCUGUUACUUUACCUAAGUGACAACUUCACUAACACUCGGCUCUUCCGCCUUUGACACUUCAGCAGCUGACACCGAGAAACAAUGUAGACGCUUGGGAAUAUUCGCUGAUUAAGUCGAUCGGAAAGAGGCGAGAAGAUACAGAAAUUAUCCUGGAAAGUCGUCCACAUGGUUGGAUUUUAUGAGGAUUCAUUACUGAAGUACUCAUGGAGCAACACCUAGGAUAUGGAUGACCUUCCAUACGAGCUGCUAAACUAUGAAAUGUCAGAUAUGGUAAAGGACUUAUAAGAAUCUGGAUCCACUUCAGUAAGGGAAUAAACACACAAUCAAAAGACUCAAGCAGAUAUCUACCACUUUCUGGUCAAGGCCAUUUAAGGUCACUGGUUAUUCGAUUGGUUGGUAUAACCUUGGAGACCAACUUUUAGUGACUCUCAGUGGACAUCAGCCUCAUGUGUGAAGCAGUUGCAAAAUUCUACUCUGAUGUUCAACAACACUUUAGCUUCUGCUUGUGGAAUUACAUAGCCUCCCACUGAAGAGGCUCAUCCCGUUCAAGGAAAUAACACCAGACCUGCGUCAAUAAGAGCCUCUGUCGUAGCUGGAAGGCAGAUUUGCCUCUCAUAGACAAAUGGCAUGGGCAAAGUUCUUCAGGAAACCAGGGGGCAAUCUUGGCAGGGUUUACCAGCCAGGGUCUAUGCUCUCCCUGGCUCCUACCAAAGGACUUCUCAAUGAGCCGGGACAGAACAGCUGCUUCCUUAACAGCGCAGUGCAGGUGCUGUGGCAGCUUGACAUUUUUAGACGGAGUCUACGACAGCUUCCCAAUCAUUACUGCUUAGGGGAAGCCUGCAUCUUCUGUGCAUUAAAGGGAAUAUUCUCACAGUUUCAGGACAGCAGAGAGCGAGCGCUACCGUCAGACAACCUGCGCAUUGCCCUGGCAGAGACGUUUAAGGAUGAGCAACGUUUCCAGUUAGGCUUUAUGGACGAUGCCGCAGAAUGCUUUGAGAACAUCCUAGAGAGGAUCCACCUCCACAUUGCUCCUGAUGUUGAUACAGAUGCCUGUACAUCCAAAGUCUGCAUCACACAUCAGAAGUUUGCCAUGACUCUAUAUGAACAGGCUGUAUGUCGAAGCUGUGGAGCCUCGUCUGACCCUCUGCCCUUCACUCAGUUAGUGAACUAUGUUUCCACCACAGCUCUUUGCCAACAGUUCUUUGAGAGGAAAGAUGAAAAGCCACGUUCUGACAUGUUUGGUGAACUACUCCAGGCAGCCGGCACGAUUGGAGACCUACGCGACUGUCCAAAUAAGUGUGGUCAGGUGAGAAGGAUCCGGCGUGUGCUGAUGAACUCGCCAGAAAUCGUCACCAUCGGUUUUGUGUGGGACUCGGAGCAGUCUGACCUGACAGAGGACGUCAUCAGAGCUCUCAUACCACACCUUAGCCUCUCAGGGCUUUUUUACCAUGUCACAGAUGAACAAGCCAAAAAGAGUGACCUGCAGCUGGUUGGGAUGAUCUGCUACACAAGCAGACACUACUGCGCCUUCGCUUUCCACACCAAGUCCUCCAAAUGGUUCUUCUUUGAUGAUGCCACAGUCAAAGAGGUGGGCCCUAAAUGGAAGGAUGUUGUUACUAAAUGCAUCCGAGGACACUUCCAGCCACUGCUCUUGUUCUACUCCGACCCUGAGGGGAGCGCCGUGAGAGGAGUUGAGGUCCCUCGCACUGAGAGCUCUGCUAGCCAUCAAAAGCCCUCAGCGAACGGUGAAAUCCCAGGCACCCUGCAGCCAGGCAGUAAGAAGCUGGAACUGACCCGAGAAAACCUGAGUGCUCUGUUGUCAGGUCACGGUACUUUAAAGCAGAAGAGCCAGCCUCUGUCAGCAUUCAAGCGUGGCACCAACCAGACCAGCGGCGGGAGAGGACCAGUAAAACUAAGCAGUGAUCCAAAGGGCUUCUUGCGAGAGCUCUCCAGAGAAGUAGCCAGAGAAGCCCGCAACAUUAACAUCAUAAAGAAAGACACUGAUAAAUCGAACCAGAGGCCAGAAACACCAAGACACAGAGACACAGCCUCAGAGAGGUCCUACUCACGCUCGCUCUCUCCUCCUGAGAACGGAUUUAAAAACGCAGAGUCUCGGCUGUAUAGAAGUCAGGGCAGGGGCCCGACACGGGCAGAGCGCUCGCCCCGCACAAACAGGCGUGUGGCUCAUGCACCACGUUCACAUUCUCAACCUCGCAUCCCAGUCCACCCUCCAUCCAGCAAUCCGUCCUCGAGAAUAGAUUUCUCCAAUGGUUAUGAUACAGACAGUAGCUAUGACUCGAGAGAGCGGCCUAACGGAGCAUCACGCUCUCGUGCUAACCGAGGCUGGAGGCCUAUGCGUGAGGUCCUCAAUGUAGACAGCAUACUGAGCAGUGACAGUGAGCACCCUCUCCCCAGCCUGGGUCAGCAGACCUCUGGCCAGAAGAGGCUGCCCUAUGAGCGCGAGUCCAGUUGGUCUGCGCGUGAAGAAGGUAAACCUAAAAGCUUGAUGACCAUUUAUGAGGAUGAGCAGCGUCGUGAACUGGGCAGCAGGAGCUCCCUGGAAUCAGAAAGCCGUGAAAGAGAGAGGACUAAAGGCACUGUUGACCACUUCACACUAAAAAAGGAAAACUGGAAGAACCAGCGAAUGGAAUCUGGAUAUGAGAGCAGCGACAGGCUCAGCAAUGGCUCGGCUAGUUUGGACUCUCCCGUGGUGGAGAACAUAAGCGCAAAAGAGCUACGGCGUGUCCCUGACGUACACCUGCUGAGAGACCCAGAUUACCAACGGCGGUAUGAGGACUCAAAGGCAGACGGAUCACAGGCUCCAUUUUCUUUCGGUGAAUUGCGAGGGAAAACUCAUGAACAUAUUCCCAGACGAAACAGAAGAGGUCACUUGGACAGAACAGACGGAGUGAAUAGUGGUACUGGGACUGCAUUAUUAAGCAAAACAAGCAGCUCUGAGUGGAACAGCUCUGAUGAUUUGGCCGGUCCUGUAUCAGAGCAGGAGGAUUCUUUAUCUCAAACUGAUGUGCCUCCUCCUGCUUAUCACCAACCAUCCCAGAGUCUUUCUCACACCUCAGCUCCACCAUUACCCCCCAAACCCCAAGUCCUGAGAUCUGAGUACAGGAGCGGUCUGAUCCAAGACUCUGCCCACACGAGACCCAAAUCCCCGGCCUAUAAAGGAGCGGCUUUUGCAAAGAUGAGCUCAGAGAUAAUGCUCGAGAACUCCGAGCCAAACAUGUUCUCCUCAUCAGACAGCAGCUCUAAAUCCGGCUCGUCCGACCAGGAGAGGAACGAUCUGUCUGCCAGUGAGAGCGAGGACAAGUGUCCCAGCAUCCCUGAUGGUUGCGUCGAAUCAGCUGUCACAGGAGAGUAUGCAAUCCCCACCACCUACUUUUCUGUUGAUAGCUGCAUGACAGACACUUACCGGGCUAAGUACCAUAAGAAAAGAUCUGCUCCUAAUACAGCGGCUGAUUCUAAAACAGGAGAGCACACAUCAUCUAGUGAGAGCGAUCAUGGGGAAAGGGCAUCCCCAGCUCCUGCAGACUUAAAGAUCCCAGAUCUGUUCAGAACCAAGAAAGAAACAGCCCAUACCAGCAGUAAACCCAUUGUAAAAUGGAAUCCUGUUUCUGUAAAAGGACUGGAUGAACAUGGCUUCCUAUGACACCAAACAUCAGUCCCACCCGACAUAAAGAUGUAAAAAAAAAAAAGUGAUUUAAAAUGGACCUAGUGCCAAAGAGGCCAGACACUCAUGCAGAGACCUGAGACACCUUUGCUCUUUAUUCUCCCUUUAAAUUGAUUCCGAUCCCUUCAAGGAACAAUUCUGUGGACAUUUUUGCUAUUGCACAUUUAUGAGCCAUUAUAGAAUGAAAAAUCUCUGCUUGACUUUUUUUUUUUCCCCAGUCGGUAUAUUUUAAUGUGACCUAUUGUGGAUCUCAGAAUGUAGGAAACUACUAUAAGAGCCAAGGCAUGGAUGAACUUCUCUGCUUGCAUCACUGUGUUUAGGGAUGUUUCCAGUGCAUCUGGAUAAUAACACAUGUAUGGAAGAUGUUUUACUUCUGCUAUGUAUGAUAGUCUUCGAUGGAAUGGGAAAUGAUUUAAAAUGUUUUCAUAUUUUUGAAAGUUGUUGGGUUUGUUUUUAUUUGUUUGUUUUUUAAGAUAAAGCCAAUCCUGCUUAAUGAUUAUUUCCCCCUACUGAGUUUACAUAGAUGUCUGUUCUCUUGGAUGUAGUUGAAAUGGUUUGGCUCUUAUUUCUACCUUCCUCGCUAUGUUCAGAUGGUGGCUCCAUUAAGCCUAGAUGCACUAAACUGCAUUUUCUUUAAUGUGCCUGGCAGUUAUUACAAUCAGAAGACAUGCAGGAGAAACACUGAAUUAUGUACUAAAGCACACAGAUCUGUUUUUCCAACAAAUGAAACUGAUUAAACUCUACCUGGCGGUCAUGAUUGUUUUUGCUGUAUAUUUUUUUGCACUUUGACAUGCUAAUCUCCUUACAUUGAUAAAUUCAAGGUCACACAUUUUUGACAGUGGACUGGACCCUUAGGUUGUCGUCUGUUCUGGAAGUUGGCGUAUGACAAAAAUAUUUGCUUGUACAUGACUUAAUUUUCUCCAAAAUAUAUGGGUACACUGUAUAGUUUUAUUUAGUCUUUUUUAUGUCGUAGACACAAUGUGCAUUUUUUUAUAUUUUAUUUUUGUUAAAGUAUGACAUUUUGUACAUUUACUAGACAGACACUUAAUAAAACAGUGCCUUAUUUUGUAUGUAAACAGAACUGAAAAUACUGAAAAUAGCUGAUUUUAUUUGUAAUUUCUUUCGUAUGUCGUUAUGUUUCAUUUCUACUGACCAACAAAUGUUUAAUAAAUGAUUUUCAUUUGAUCAUGA